CCAUAUCCCCUUCGCGGUGGUGUCCUUUGCUCUUCAAACAGAACUCAGUGGAUUUAAAAAACGAAUACUGAGUUGUGAAAGACUUCAACAAUUUGAAUCAUAUUCCAAGCUCAGUCGGCAGCCAUCUUGAUGUCGUCACAGCACGGUCAUGUGACCAAAACAUAACCACAUGUAGGUCAGCGAAUAAAAGUUCUGCAGAAGCCAACAUCUCCAAAGCUACAAAAUGUUUUCUGUGGAUAUUGAUAAAAGCUACUUCUACUUCUUUAACGUUCUACUACAAAAUUAAGUGAUUAUAUUAUCCUUACUGCUAACAUCUGACUAGUCCAGUCGAUAUCUCUUGCGGUGUUUUUAUGUUUCGGAAUUUCAGCACUGAACUGGGAUUAGGCCUACUGUCGGAGACUACUGAAAAUGUCUGCUCUCGAGGCGGUCUGUAAAGAGACCUUGCAUUAAUAUUUCAACAAGGCAUUUGUAUUGCGUUGUGAGGACAAACGUGAAAAAUACUGUUGACAGUUACCUUUUAGAGGAACAGGCUAACAAUAUGACGACACAUAAGGAGAACUAUUUAUUGCCAUGCGGAUGUACACUUAACUGUGACCUUUUGACCCACCAGAUGUCAGUGUAUUCAUCCACUACGUAAUCGGGUGUAGUGACAUUCUUUGGAAUUUUGUGUCAGUUUCACCAAAAAAAUCUUCAACUAUUAUAUUGUUUUUGCUUCAAGGAUGUGAACGAUGUCUUCCAAAUGCAGGGAUGAACUUGUUGGAAAGCGUUUCCUUUCUGUUAAAGCCGAAGGGAGACUAAAAGUUGGCAAAAUUUCAGAGUGGGAAUGGCGGUCUGGUUUUAUACGCGCUGUUUCCACUCGGGAUUCGAGCAACGCUGAUUUCACAGCGCUGGUAGAGUUUGACGACACAGGUUGGAAGAGCCGCGAGUAUAUCAAAGUGCACGAGGUUUUUCAGGAGUUCCUUGUGGAGUACAGCUUAGCCUGGGUGCCUCGCAACGAGCCCAACUACCCCCCACACACAGUAGCCCCUUGGCCUGCUCUGAACCUCACACUCACGGACGACACUGUACUGGAAGAGCACAAUGAGGACCCUACUCUCAUACAGAUGCACCUUAUUGGGGAUGGGGUGGUAGAUUCUAUUCUCAACGGAGUUGAUGUUGGAGUUGCCCAGCGUCGCCGACCGCGCAGUACAGUUACUAAACAAGUCAACAAGGAGCCUCUUGUGGUGCGAGUCCUACCAAGAACCAAAAACCAGCAGCGGCCAAGCGCAGGCCUGAGCCUGCAGCAAAAUCAUCUCGCAGUAAGGCACCGCCUCCCGCUGGAAAGAAACUCAAAAAAUCUGAGAGUGAAGAGAAUUUGGACUUGAAUCCUCCCGUCUGCAAACAGACGUGUAAUGUGUUGGUGAAGCGCAUUGAGGAAGAGCCACAGAGAUCUUCAGUGACUAAGGAGAAAGUUCCUCGGCUUCGAGAGAAGGCACGACAGAGCAGGAAACCGCCCCCGCCAAGUAGCGAAAAGAAACUCGAAGAACAAAAUACCGAGCCCACAGCUACAGGGAAGGCGGAAGAUCCCCAGUCACCGGAUACUCCACCUGUGUGUGAGGAGGUCAGCUCAAAAGAAAGUGUCUCCCAGUCUGAGACAAGUGGUGCGGCCGAGGUAAAAAGUGGAGAGCCGGAGGUCGCGCCACCGGAAAGUGUGAAAGUCGAGGUUAGUGGUGAGAAACUCAGUGCGAGCCCGGCUCCUGCGUCGGAGGCCAGUGUUGUUUCUGUUGCUGCUGCUGCUGCUGCCUGUGAGGAUGGCAGCAAGCCUGAGGCAACUGUCAGUAGUAGUAGUCCAGUAACACCCACUAUCAGUGCUCCCGGUCCAGUGGUGAGCAAAGCAGGUGAUGGGCCCGUGUCUGUGCUGAGCCCUAGUUCUUGCCCGCCUGGGCACAGCCAGAGCGCUAGAGGCAGCAAACAUGAUCACCAAAGUCACACACCCUCCAAACUUACAACUGCUGGUAGCGUGAAGCCCAAAAUUGCCGACAGAUUUCUUGGAACUGGCAGGGAAGACAAGAAAUGUGUUGGUGUGAGUGAGGCCAGUAGCAAUAGUGUAAGUGUAGUGCAUCCAGAACAAGGCAACGAGGACAUGAACUUUAAAAAGCAAAUUCUGAGGGCUAGAAGGAAUAUCAGCCCAUCGCCCAAUACACAAACUGGUUCCGUGUCAGAAGGUAUUGAUGUGAAUCGUUCACUGACGGAACAACUAGCAAAAAGGACUAAAACUUUUGAGCAAUUUUCUGUGAACGGAGAUGGAAAACCCCCGGGCUCUGAACCUCCAGUUCUAAUAGACCGUGUGAAGUCUUCCCCUUGUUAUUCAGCCUAUCACUUGAACGAGUCGAGUCCGAGUCUGUCCAAGGCUGACUUCAUCUCCGAGCGCCACAGCGCCUUCACGUGUGUCCAGUCUAGCGUGGCCCGCAGCAAUACUACCACGCCAGCCACUGAGGACCGCGCCGACUCUAGAGCCAGUGACGGGCAGCUUCCUCCUCAUAUCACAGAGGACAAGCGGCCCGGCUCUCGCCUAGACGACAUCCGCAGUUCGCGGAGCAGCCCAGGUUCCAGUCCCCUUAUUGUGGACCGUUAUGAGGCGGUGAACCCCUAUCGUGAUCCCGAGCUGAUGCGCAAGAACCCCGUUCAGAGUAAUGUACCGAACAUUCUAACGGCCCAGCACAAGAUGAACCAAUCCUCUUUCCCGUCGGUGCCGCCCGCGGUGCCCGGCGCCUCUACCCCCUCACAGACCGCCGCCGCCGCCGCCGCUGCCGCUGCUUUCUCCGGUGUCCCCGGAGUGCCCCCACAACUGCCUGCUCGUAGCCUGCUCAGCAGCCUCCCCAGCACCUUGGCCUACACGAGCAACCCUCAGCUGCCUCCCUCCAUGUCCCCUCACCUCACACUACCGCAUGGCUACUCGCUGGAGACCAUGGCGGCUGUACGCGCCCAGCAACAGCAUCUGGCCGCCAUACACCAGCAGCUCAUGAAUUACCCGACAGCUACGUUCGAAGCCAUCUGGCAACGAAAACUGCCCACCGCCCCACUGGCCCAGCCCUGGGCGCAGAAGAGCCAGGAGAGCCUUCUGGCUGGCGACUUAGCCGCCAUGCACAGGGAGCAGAUGCAACUGCACAUAGAACAGGAGAGGAGGGAGAGGGAGAGGUUGGAGCAGGAGAGGAGGGAGCGGGAUCGUCUAGAACAGGAGAGACGAGAGAAGGAACGGAAAGAGAUGAUUGAGCGGGAACGUCUGGAGAAAGAGAAAGCUGAACGUGAAAAAGCAGAGCGUGAAAGGCAGGAGCGAGAGAGACAGGAACGAGAGAGACAAGAGCGGGAAAGGCAGGAGAAAGAGAGACAAGAGUGGGAACACAAACAGAACCAGGAGCGGAUCCUGAAGGAGUCUGUGGACACUGUGGCUGCCGUGGACCAGCACUUUGCCGAGUCACUCACACGCCUAGCCACACAGCACGGUCUUGCUCCCGGCAUCCUGCCCUCCAUUAGCCGAGGUACCGGACGGGGCUUUAUGGCCAAGUCCGAGGGACAGCACUCACUUCCACCACACAGCUUGGCAUACCAGGAAGCCAAGAUGAUGAAGAGGGAGGUUGAUAUCCCAGAUGACAAGAGGUUUGUCAGUAAAGGAGGUGGACCUGCUGAGAAAAGUGGCGGAACAUUCCCUGGCUACCCAUACAACUCUGGUGGGGGUUACCCUCCAAGUCACAAACCAGUCUUCAACUUGUACGGCUACCCCUCUGCCCAUUCCACCAUCUCCAGUGAACAAUUGAAGAAGCAGUUGAUCCCAGAGUCUCAGCCUAUCAAGGAGGAAAUGGUAGACAAGAAAAUGCCCUAUUCAGCUCUACCUUCCCACGCUGCCAGCCCCCAUCAUGCCGCUGCAGGCUACCUUCCCAAAGACUUAAAACCGCACAAUUCUGUUAUCGUGAAACGAGACAUGAAGUCGGAGAUCAAGAUGGAGACCCCUGUGGCAGCACAUUCGCACCACAAUUCUCCCUCCUCCUCAUCUCCCCGGCCCCAGCACCCACGGCCAGCGCACACCCCUGAGCACCGACCAGAGCGCCCCCUGUCAUCCUCCACUAGUCCCGCCUCGGGCAUCCCCCCACACCUUCUGCAUCAUUCCAGUAGCAGCCCUGCAGGGCCACCCCCUCCCUCACACAGCACUGCUUUCCGUGCAGUGGAGGCGCAUGCCUCUCGCUCCCAGAGCCCCUACAAGCCGGCAGCUAGUCAGUCACAACAGAGCAUGCCCCUGCCCCUUGACUACCACAAAGCCAGUGGCCCCAGCAAAGUGAAGGCAGGGGAGCCUCACCCAGCUGCCUCACACCCAGGCUACUCCACCUCUGGGCCUGCUGUGCCUCCCCCUCCUCCUGUCUCAGCCUCCAGUGCAGCACUGGCCUACAGCUACAGCUUGAUCCAGCAAGGCCUUGUGCCAAACCCCAUCUACAGCCAGGGGGGAGCCCCUCACCCUUCUGAGCACAACAGCACAGCACACCGCAUGCCUGUGCCCAUGGCUGGCAUGCCACAGGGAGGGCCCAAGCCUCAGGUGAGCCCGCCAGGCAUGAAGCGAAAACCAACAGCAAGUAGCAAGGAUCCUAGCUUAUAUAACCGUAAGAAGUUGAAGGGUCAGGCUGAAGCACCAGGCCAAGCCAUGUCCAUUCCAGUGACUACCCCCGAGAUCCUGACCAACCCGUCCCCUUACACCACUACCAGCAGCAGCAGUGUGUUCUCCAAGCCAGGCAGUACCUCAAUGAGCUCGGCCUCCCCAUCCCCCUCACUGUCUGCAAGUUUUUCCUCCAUGAACUCUGGCUUCAUGGACAACUUCAAGUCCUUUGUGGAGAACACUGUUCAUAUAGCAUUCCUGCAAGACGAGAAAAAGGCUCAGGAGAAAGCGGAGAGGGAAAGGGUCAACAACUCGGCUGCUCUUGCGGCAGGCCCUGUAAGCACAAAGUUUGAGCCAAACCUUCUUGAAAGAAAGUCUGACUGUGUUCCUGGAGGGCAGCCACCAGCAGUGGUCACUUCACAAAUGGCAGCAACUUCGGCACCUUCAGAGGUGCCACCCACAUCGUUGAAUGCAGAGUCCUCGUACAACAGUCGCAUUAUGGACACGAUAAACCGAGUGGCAAAUAACCAGGUUGACACAGAUUCAGAUACGCUCAGUGCUUCAAGCCCGCCUCCGCAAAUAAAACCGUCAGACACAAGCAGCCCGCUGAACCGCAGCGGCAACAGUUCUGGUUCGAGCCAUCCACACCAUAUGAAGAAGGCAUGGCUGCAGCGUCACGACGAGGACAAGAAGUCGGAGACGCCCGUGGCUCCUCCUCCUGCAGCCCCUGCUCCUGUGACCCAGGAAGAACAACAGCGGCCGGUUACUCAGGCAGCCCGUGAUAGCAUCAGCUGUGUGGAGAACUCCGGUGCCACAGGAGAAGGUGGCCUUAGCAGCCUCAGUAGCUCACCAGCCAAUGUGGUGGUCACACUGCCCAAUGGCAACAUUUCUGAUCUCAACCAUCGCAAUGAUGAAUCUACCUCUUCUGCCUCUGAAGCUGAGAUGCAGAACUCCACUAAGAAUGCUGGGUCUAAAAAGCGUGUGAAGUCCCGUAAAUCUGGAGGUUCAAGCGCUGGGGCUGGUGCUGCGAAAAAGGCCAAGGCAGAAACAGAGCCCGAGAGUGUCGCUGCUGCCUCACCCUCCUCUGCUGUGUCCAGCAACAGCAACAGCAGUAGUUCUCGUAAGAAAACACCCGCUUCUGCCAAAAGAGGCAAGACUGAGAAAGAUGUCAAAGCAAAGGAGGACAGCCAGCAGAGCAAGAGAGAAGACCAGGCUCUCAACUCAUCAAAGCAAUCUCGUGAUAACAGCCCACAACCGUCCAAGCUUCCAGAAAGAAACACGAAGGCUGGUUCCAACGCAACAACAACGGCAGCAUCAACAGCACCCAUUGUGUCAUCCCCAUCACCUCACUCGGACAGGUCCAACCCAUCACCUACCCUGUCAGAGACCAACCCAACCAGCACUGCCUCAUCGACAUCAUCAUCCUCGUCACCCACCACCAGCAACUCGAGGCUGCAAAACAGCAGCGGGGCCAACAGCAAGGAGAACAAGGAAAAGAAGAAGCCCAGGCGCAGCAAAGAGGCUGCCUCCAAAGACAGCUCAUCUUUCAACAAACCUUUGGUGAAGCAGACUGUGGCCACACUGAAAAAGACCAUGGUUCCGUUCAUUCAAGAUGGACCAUGCAGUGAAAUUACCCCAAAGCUCACUAAGUGCAGAGAGUGCAAGAUGACACCUGUGCAGCGCAGUAAAAAGCAGCCAAAUAUCUUCUGCCGAUUUUAUGCUUUUCGAAGGUUGAAGUACAGCUCACGGGGUAUUGUUACAAUUGAUGGCUUUUCUGAGCUAUCUGAUGCUGACCCUGAUGAUAUUGAGCCCUGGCUUCCUCGUUAUCCAGUUGAAGAACCAGACUUGGAUGUGGAAAACUCCAAGUUCAUCAUUUCCAAAGUUGGUGACAAGUUUUGUGAAUUGGUGGAACAGGAGAAGGAAGCCAAGUCUUGGGCAGUGAAAAUUGCCUGGAAACGAGCUGUGCAGGGUGUGAGAGAGAUGUGUGAUGUUUGUGACACAACCCUCUUCAAUAUGCACUGGGUGUGUCAGAAGUGUGGAUUUGUGGUUUGCCUUGAUUGCUACAAAGUUCGUAUGAAGGAAGGCAAAAAGCCUGCUGGAGAAGACAAGUGGUUGACGUGUAGCUCAAACCGACAGGCCCAUGAAGCCAGCAAGAUGAUGCUCACUCAGAUUAUCCCUAGUGAUGCUCUGUGGGAACUGGGUCGUCUCAUCCAUGACAUCCGCACCAAGUGGUCCAUCCCAUCUAACUGUCCAUGUGGUGGCAGCAAUGGCAAACUGCUGCCCAAAAAUGGCAUCACACAGCAGAUCUUAAGUGUGGUCAACUCUCGCAAGCUUCCCAAUGGUGUUGGGUCUGAGGAGCUGUCUGGCAAAUCUGCUAAGUCCAAAAAGCAGCAAGAUUCUGGGAACCCUCUCAAGAACCUGGGUAACUACAAUCCUGACACAAGCUCAUCACCACUCAGCAUCCUGGCCGAGGUGGCCUCCAUGGAGCCAGACUCAAACCGAGAGAAGCCUGGGGACCAGGGCAAGGGCAAACUGGACAAGACUGCCGUACCUGGGGAUGAGUUCUUAGAGGAGUCUGAGAAAAAAUCGAGCUGCACCUCGCUGAGAGAACUACUCACCAAAACAGCUGGCAAGCCAAAAAUGUCCAACGAGAAGAAAGGCAAAAAGGGUUCUGGCACCAACACACUGGUACACAUCAUCCAGUCUGCAGUGGAAAAGAAAUGUCUCGAUGGUGGUGCUCCUUUCAAGUUCAUGCACUACACACCUCGUCUGGGAGGCUGGAAGCGUGAGCUGCCAAUCAUGGUGCACAGCCUGACAGAGACAAGUGUGUUGUACCCAGAUAUUCCUCACUCCUGGCUGUGUGAUGGACGACUUUUGCGUUUACAUGAUGCUCAUCAUAAAGGGAAUCUACAAAUCUUCCAGGAGCAGUGGAAGCGAGGACAGCCUGUUCUGGUGUCCCUAGCCAACAAGCAAAUGAAUCUAAACUUGUGGAAGCCAGAUGUGUUUAGCCGAGAGUUUGGGGACAUUGAGAACGAGGUGGUUAACUGUCGCACAGGCAAUGUGAUCAUUGGCCACACAAUGAGUGACUUCUGGGACGGCUUUGAGGUGCUUGGAAACCGGCCUGUUGAUGACAAACAAGAGCCAAUGCUUCUCAAGCUGAAGGACUGGCCCCCAGGUGAUGACUUCAGUGAGCUGCUGCCCACGCGCUUCCAGGACCUGAUGAAGGCUCUGCCCCUGCCUGAAUACACACACCGCAACGGCAAGCUCAACCUGGCCUCCAGGCUCCCAGAUUUCUCUGUACGACCAGAUCUAGGCCCCAAAAUGUACAAUGCUUACGGCUCGUCUCACUUUCCCAAGGAAGGUACCACCAACUUGCAUCUGGACAUCUCUGACGCUGUCAACGUCAUGGUGUAUGUAGGCAUCCCAGGGGAUGGACCCGGGGGACGCAAAGCUCAAGAAGAUGCUGCAGUGAAAGCCAUUGAUGAUGCAGGCUGUGACAGCAUUACAAAACGGCGAGUGCGAGAAGUGCAUGAGAUACCAGGAGCUCUGUGGCACAUCUAUGAUGCUCAUGAUGCUGAUAAGAUCCGAGACUUCUUGAAUAAGGUGGCUAAAGAGCGUGGUGAGAGCAUUGAAAAGGACCAUGACGCCAUCCAUGAUCAGAGCUGGUACCUAGACAAGGAGCUCUGUGACCGCUUGCUCAAGGAGUAUGGAGUACAGGGCUACACCAUUGUCCAAUGCCUUGGCGAUGCCAUUUUCAUCCCAGCUGGUGCCCCGCAUCAGGUGCGAAAUCUACAUAGCUGUAUCAAGGUUGCAGAGGAUUUUGUCUCCCCUGAGCAUCUCAACCAUUGUUUCCGACUGACACAGGAAUUUCGACAGCUUUCUGAGACGCAUUCAAACCAUGAGGACAAAUUACAGGUGAAAAACAUUGUGUACCACGCUGUGAAGGAUGCUAUAGCAGUACUACGAGAGCACGACCCAGAUGAUGAGUAAAAAGUCAGUACUGCACUUCUGUGUGUCGGUCUCAGGCUGGUGAAGAAGACUUGAACCACAGAUACCCGCCAGUUAUUAGUGGGCGGAGAAGGGCACAGUUUGUGGCAAUUCUCUGCACCAGCUCUCACCUCGGAUCUGCCGUGUUCCAUGAGCUGAAGAUGUGUGUAUUAUGCACAUUUUGCUGUUUCAGAACGAAGUUUCCCGAGUUUGAUGUUAUAUAGUGGCAGUCAGAUGACUGUAAGCUGUGCCACAGUCAGUGACUCUAAACGGAAUGGCAAUUCAAGGAAGUGAAUCACAAUAGAAGUACUUUUCACUAAUUGAAUUCCAUAAACAGUGUUUCUGGUAUCUACGCUGUAAAGACAAGUCUGGUUGUGAAUGUGACCACGAGUUUCUUCCGAAAAGGAGGGGACACGCCUCUGUUUACUGUGGGAGUUGUGUGGGGACCAUCGGGAUGCUGUGAGCAGAUUGGAUGGAAUCCCCAGCUCUCCCCUCCACCGACUACUAGUGACGGUCACUGGCACUGUUGUGCUGGCAACAGUAGUGACGGUCUGCUUGCCUGUCCACAUCAGCAGCUGGACAAGUGAGCUCAAGAGGCUGGCUCAGUGAGGGGUGCAAGCCUGUGGAUGACUGGAGCCACUGAUUAUGUGUGGCGACAGCUACCACACUGCCUGCUGUCAGCUGUCCUGGGCAUGUGAGACUGGCAAAUAUGAAUGGACAUUGAUAUGGUCACCAUAGAUUAACAUUGGCUGAUAUGAGAGUUGAAUGUGUAUGUGAGCCCCCAACAGCUGAGCUGUGGGCUGAGGAAGCAAGACAAAAAGACGCGAAACACACCCACAUCUGUGCUGCUGGGGCUCUCGCACAGUCUCGCAUCUCUUGGUGAAGAGUCGAGUGGAGCUCUGGUCAUGCCUUGGUUAUCCGCUACAACAGUCAUGGUGACUAGGGACAAAUACUUUAUCUUAUCCGUGGACAAGGUUCAGAAGUUGGUGCAUCACAUCUUCCCUGACACUACCAAUAUUCUCAUCCUAUGACCACUCAAAAUAUUCAGCUAAUGCGUGGCUUGUUGCUUCAGUCAUAUAAGAGGAAAGAAGUUUGUGCAUUGAUCAUGAUGGCCCCUACAAUUAAUGUUUAUUUUGUACAUAGCAGAUGUUUAAUAUAAUCCUGGCUGUAGAGGUGUACUUUGUCAUUCACCCAUUGAGAACAGAUAGCAAUGUAUAACUGUGAUUGUUCUUGUUUUCACUGUCAUAUUAUCAGAUUGUUGUGAUUUACUUCUCCCUAUGGUUUUUCAGAGAUCUAUUUUUGGUAACAAAGUACACAUGAAAGAGCCACGGGGAGAUACAAAGGAUAUGUCUGCUUUUGCUUUACCUUCCCAAUUUGCUUUGAGUUAUUACAAUUGAUUUUGUUGAUGAACUAUGAGAAUCAGCUUUUGUUCUUUGAUUCUUUCUUGUUCUUUUUUAUGUUUUAUCCUGGCCCAUGUACAUUGGUCACAUGGUUUCUUGUGACCUGUGAGUCUGUUGUUGUCCACACAGAUGUACAGCUGUCUGUUGCUCCUGUCCACUGUGUGCACGCGUGUGUCUGUGCAUACCUGUGUGUGUGCACGUUUGUGUGUGUGUGCACGUUUGUGUGUGUGUUUGUACUUGAUGUGCACAGGGCAGAUAGAACUGUGGGUUGUGUUAUUUCCCUUUUGUUUGGAUGUAUUGGAGCCAGCGUGUCUGUACUGCCAUCUCAACUAGAUUAUAUGUAUCCACUUUUUGCUUGAAAUAGCUAUCCUCCAUGAAAGGGAUUUAUGGGGCCAUAGUAUUUCACAUUUGCUGCUGCCCUGUGUUCAUAAUUCACAAUUAUAAUACUAUAAUAUGUUAAUAAUGUUGAUUUCUCCCAGGGCAUUUUACCAAGAUAUUGUAGAGCUUGGUGUAGUAAAUCCUAGCCCUGUUUCUUCUGGGUUGCCAUUGUGCACAUGGAGAUUUGUGUAGUGUGUAAGACAACUGUUAAUCUUUGGGAUAUGAUACCGUCGGAACCCUGGAGAGGCUCCCACUGGCUUCAUGUCAAGCAUAUCAUUGGUGGCCACAUGUGUAACCUGGCAUGGCUUGCUUUGUACAGAAUUUGUUCCCAUCUCCCGUCCCCUGAUGUUAGUGUUGUCACUGUGGGGCCCUUUGUUUUUAUUGUUCUCCUUGUCCUCUCGGCCCCCUCACCCGCCCUGACAGAUUCUGAACAGUGGUUCUUAACCUUGGUUUCAUCGAACUCUUGGGGGUUCGGAGGGUCAGUCUCAGUCUCAGGGGUGAAGUGAAGGUCAAGACUUACUCUGUGUGUGUGUGUGUGUGUGUCUCUCUCCCCGCCCGUUCUGUUCUUUUCAUCCUACUGAAAGGGUUCGGUUAAUGUACAGAGUGGGUUCAGUAACGUGGACAAGGUUAAGAACCACUGUUCUAGAGGAAGGAAAGAGAAGGUGCUGCGAGCUUUCUUCCUUUCCCCCCCUCUGUGCACAGUGUAUAUUUGUCUGAAAAUAGUUUGGUUCCUUUAGUGUAGUCGCUGAUGGGAGGUAGUGUUGACCCCUUGUUCCCCCAGCCUCUCCAUGUUCCUCAUAAGUGUCAGCAGAUGUCAGGUUAGGCAUGUGGCAUUGCUGUUUAUAAUGAAUAUCCCCUGCCCUGCCCCUCAGCUCUCAUAAAUCUGUGACCAUAAAGAUGGAUGUGUGUGAGUCAAUGUGUGGCAGUAAAGAUUGUGUGUGUGGCUGUAAAGAUGUGUGUGUGUGUGUGUAUAGCAGUAAAGAUGGUGUGUGUAUGUGUUUGUGCCUAUGUGUGGCAGUAAAGAUGGAAUGGGAAUGUGAUCCUGUGUGCGGGUGAGUGGUGGUGUGUGGAAGAAGCAGACAUCUCCCUGGCUUGUACUAGACUGGGGCGUGGGCCGCAGGUUCUUCUUGGCCAGGUAGGUUGAGAUGGUUUGUUUUGAUUGUUUGGUUUUUUUUUCUCUGUGUUUCCAGUGUUACGCAUAACAGCUAGCAAUUUUAGCUUUGUCUUAUCUACUUUAAUUACAAAAAUGAAUCUUAAUAAAGUUCCUUGAAAUAUUCUCA